CACCUCUCAGCCUCUCUUCCUCAGGUAUGGCACUGACUGUGGAUGUCUUGGGGCCCGCACCCUGGGGCUUCCGUAUCACCGGGGGCAGGGAUUUCCACACGCCCAUCAUGGUGACCAAGGUAACGGAGCGGGGCAAGGCUGAGGCUGCCGACCUCCGGCCUGGCGACAUUAUCUUGGCCAUCAAUGGGGAGAGUGCGCAGGGCAUGCUUCACGCGGAGGCCCAGAGCAAGAUCCGCCAGAGCCCCUCACCCCUGCGGCUGCAGCUGGACCGGUCCCGGGCUGCCUCUCCUGGGCAGACCAACGGGGAGAGCUCCAUGGAGGUGCUGGCAACACGGUUCCAGGGCUCAGUGAGGACACACACCAAUAGCCAGUCCUCCCUCUGGUCCUCCUGUUCCAGCCCAGCCUCCCUCAGCCCCCCGCCAUGCAGCCCCUUCCCUACCCAGCCCCCCACCAGCCCGCAUGCCCCUGCUGGAGAGGCAGUGAUGAGCCGAAGUUUCCAGAGCCUGGCACACACCCCGGGACUCACUGCUGCUGACCGCCUGCCCUAUGGAGGCCACCUAGGAAGCCGACAGGCUGGCCUGGGCCUCCCCGGCGACUCGGCUGUAUUGGUGCUGCCGCCUACCCCGGGCUCCCAUCCCUCUAGCCCCAGACUCAGAGUGGACUCAGAAAGGGGAAGCCAUCCCUUGGCAGAGAACUCAGAAGUCUUCAAGAUGCUGCAGGAAAAUCGUGAGGGGCGGGUGGCCCCCCGGCAGUCCAGCUCCUUUAGACUCCUGCAGGAAGCCCUGGAGGCAGAGGAGAGAAGUGGCACACCUGCCUUCCUGCCCAGCUCGCUGAGCCCCCAGUCCUCCCUGCCCACCCCCAGGGCCCUGGCCAUGCCACCCAAGCUCCACAUGUGUGAGAAGUGCAGCACCAGCAUUGCGAACCAGGCCGUGCGCAUUCAGGAGGGGAGGUACCGUCACCCUGGCUGCUACACCUGCGCAGACUGCGGGCUGAACCUGAAGAUGCGCGGGCACUUUUGGGUGGGGGAUGAGCUGUACUGCGAGAAGCAUGCCCGCCAGCGAUAUUCAGGGCCCCAAACCCUCAACUCCCAGGCCUGAGCGCCCGCUGUGCUCUCAGCCUGCCCAUGACUCGCACCAGGGCCCUGCCAAUAGCAAGUUGGCCUGGAAGGGCGGCGGUGGGUGAAGGGCCCCUUCCUCCUCACUGGGUGAGGCCGGAGGCUGGGGCCUGUCUUGGGCUGUGGGCGAGGACAGCCUCAUCUUCCCAGGCUUUUGCUAGAUACUCUCCCUUCCUCCUGCUGGACAGGCUCUGCACCAAGUCUGAGGUGGACACUGAGUCAGACACCUUUGAGCAACAGGGGUUAAGCAGGUUGGGCCACGGAGAUUAGUAUCUAGGAGAGGGGUCGGCCAGAAGCUAAAGGUAUUCACGGAGUAAAGUUUCUGACAUGUGAGCUCAAUAAAUAUAUACAGGUGGACAAAAUAAAAUAGCUUCCCCUCUU